AUGGAAUGUGACGCGGCAGCGACAGCGGGCGCCAUACAGACACCAAGGCUACAACAAGUUGCGAAAUAUCGUGGAGAAUUUGCUCCUACGUCUGUCCUAGCAUCUUUCAAGCUGGAUGAAGGCUACUCGGACGAAACUAGAAGCCAAGCAGAAAAUGAGGUAGUUCAAUCAUCAGACGAAGGCCUAGUUCUCCCGAGUUGGAUGCUUACACUCAGCGAAACUGACAGAGCAGAAUUGGCUUUUAACAUAUUGAGAACCCUGCGCACGUCGUCAAUAGCUGCGGUCGUGGAUCGACUGACUCCCUUCCUCCACAUGGAUCCUGUGCUCAAACUUCCUCCCGAAAUCACAUCGGAAAUAUUCUCAUAUCUUGACACUUCCACUCUGCUUACUGCUUCACUUGCAUCCAAAUCGUGGAGAGAGAGAAUUAUAGAUUCCCGGCUAUGGAGGCAUCUCUAUACUCAAGAAGGAUGGCGCUUCGACAUGGAGGCGAUUCGAAAUUUCGAGCAAACCCUCUCCAAGCCAGUCUUUUCACAUAACCGGAAGUCAAGAACGAGGCGUUUGGAUACAGAUAAGGGGCAGCCAAAGCUAAAGCGACGUGUUCCACCAGGGUGGAUCGACUCGAAGAGAAAUUCCCGAAUUGAAAACGGCAGUAUGGAAGAUGCAAGUCCCCCAUGGAAUGAGCAGCAUGGAACGGUCGAAGCCGAUGGGAUUUCCACAUCGGAUAUUAGUGUCCUAGCUGAUGCGGAAGGCGACCACGAGAUGCGUGAUGCUAGCCAUGAUGACAACUCGGCUAGCUCUUCGUCAGAACAAAGCCACCCUCACCAACCUCUGGAACUUCGCGAUUUGCCCCACAGCCGAAAGUCCAGCCAGACUAACAACUCUGCGGAGUAUCAUUCAUUUCAAUCGUCUCCAACAGACAACAUUUCCCCUAUGGGGCCUCCACAACUCAUGAAGAACAUCAAUGGUACAUCUAGACUAAACUGGCCAUAUCUAUACAGACUACGACGAAAACUAGAAGACAACUGGAGGAAGGGACGCUAUACCAAUUUCCAGCUGCCACACCCAUCCUGUCCCUCACAGGCGCAUACAGAAUGCGUAUACACUCUCCAGUUUUCUGGUAAAUGGCUUGUGAGUGGCAGCCGUGACAGAACAAUAAGAGUCUGGAAUCUGGAAACAAGGAGGCUUAGAGGGAGCCCCUUGAUGGGGCACAGCAAGUCCGUUCUCUGUCUGCAGUUUGACCCUAGCCCACAAGAGGAUGUCAUUAUAUCUGGAAGCAGCGACAAGAGCGUCAUAAUUUGGCGUUUUUCCACUGGAGAAAAGGUUCAAGAGCUUGCCAAUGCGCAUGAUGACUCGGUAUUAAACUUGCGCUUCGAUAAUCGAUUUUUGGUGACCUGUUCAAAGGACAAAUCAAUAAAAGUUUGGAACAGACAGGAACUAUCGCCAACGGAUAAAAAUUAUCCCACCUUGUUCAAAGGCGCCAGUGCGAGAUAUCCGUCCUAUAUCGUCGAUACCUCUUUGAUAUCUCCUAGUGUGUUGGAAACCCAAAUCGCAAAUCGACUGGUCAAGGUUCUAUCACCUUACUCCUUACUUAUGACCCUUGAAGGCCAUGGAGCUGCCGUGAAUGCCAUUCAGAUCGACGAGAAUGAAAUUGUGUCUGCCUCGGGGGAUCGUUUAAUCAAAGUAUGGGAUAUACAUAAUGGGAUCUGUCGGAAGACUCUAAUCGGCCACAAGAAAGGCAUUGCGUGCAUCCAAUUCGAUAGUCGACGGAUUGUCAGUGGUAGUAAUGAUAAUACCAUACGAAUAUAUGACCAUGCCUCGGGGGCUGAAGUUGCUUGCUUGCAUGGACACCAUGGUCUCGUGCGGACAGUUCAAGCAGGUUUUGGAGAUCCCCCCGGGGCAGAAGAGACAUUGCGACUCGAAGCUAUGGCAGUAGACACUCAAUAUUGGAAGGCUCAACUACGUGGCGAUAUUCCUGAAUCAAGCUCAGCAAGCCGUCGCGAACGAAGGUCGCGGAUGGCUACAAUCGCAGGAUCCAAGAGUCCAAGCGACAUUAUUGCUCUGGGAGCUAAAAUUCCUCCUGGCGGCGGCGGAAGCACCUGGGGACGCAUUGUAUCCGGCUCUUACGACGAAACCAUAAUUAUAUGGAAGAAAGAUCUGGAAGGUAAAUGGGUAAUUGGGCAAAGACUUCGCCAGGAUGAAGCAGCGAGAGCAGCAGCGGCAAUCAGCUCUCAAGAUCAAAGCGCCCUGGCCAGUCAACAAAUUUCUCCGCUCCCUGGUCAAUCUCUUCAGCCUUCCGUUGCAGAGCAACCAGAGCCCCAAACUUCGCAACAAGACCCUCUUACGCCAGGAGCAAUGCAGCCCGAAAAUACUGCAAAUAAUAACGUACCGAAUCCCGUGGGCCCGGCGAUUGAUGCAGUCACUCAAGAGGCUCCCCCAGCACUUCAGCAAGUUCAAGCCCAGAUACUCGGCGCUAAUGUGCCCUUACCCCGUCCCGCAGCCCACCCAACCGCCAGAGUUUUCAAACUACAAUUUGACGCGCGGCAGCUUGUAUGUGCUAGUUUAGAUCACAAGAUUGUGGGAUGGGAUUUUGCGAACGGUGAUCCGGAGCUUGAAUGGGCUAGUCGAUUCUUCACUGGUCUUUGA